AUGGAUAAUCGUUCAACUGAAAAUGAAGAUACUAAGGCUAAAGAUAUUCAUAUUAAGGAUAAUAGCAAGACUUUUGUAAUAGGUAUAAUAAAGAUGAUAAAUCCUUAUGAAGGGUUCUUAACAGUUAGUAGUGAAUUCAAUAACAUUGUUGAACCAUAUGAUGUAUAUAUAAGUGGAUGGAGAAAUUUGAAUGGGGCUAUUGAUAAUGAUAAAGUGGGUGUUGAAAUAAUUGGUCUAUUUACUAGAAGGUAUAAACAAAUAAUUAAAUCAAAUGAAACUCAAAUUUCAUAUAUUAAGGAGAAAGUCAAUAAAUAUUUGAAAUCUAAGACUUUACUAUAUGAAGGAAAAGUAUACAAGAUAUAUAGGGAUGAUAAUAAAAGAUAUAUAAUCGGCUAUUUACGUCCAAUAUCAUAUUUAUAUAAGAAUUUUAAUGAAAAAAAAUUGCGAAAUAAUAAACUUUUAAAUAAAACUGAAAUAUUAAUAAGAAAUUCAUUAAAUAGCAAUAAUAAGAGGAAAUAUCGUCAAGACUUAAUUGAGACGAAAUCAUGUAUUACCUAUACAACAAGGCAAGUAGUAUUUGUACCAUUAUUAAAAGUAUAUCCUUUAAUAAAGAUUCAUUUAAGAAAUAGUGUAAUUAAAAAGUUAUUGGCACCAUUUACUUCUAAUAUUAAUGAUACUAAGAAGAUUCCAAUACCAUUAAAUAUUUUAUAUACUUGUAAUAUAUUACAAGGAACAUCAACUUCAAGAUAUAUAAAAGGAAUAUUAGAAGGUAUAUAUGGUUCUAUUGAGAACAUUGGAACUCAAAUGAAUUUUUUAAUGGAUGAUUAUAAUGUUAGUGAUCAUUUAAAUAACAGUGAUGCUUGUGAUGAUGAAGUUAAAGAUGUAAAUCCUGAAUAUGAUAAAUAUAGGAAAUACUUUGAUCCUAAUAAAUAUCGGGUAUUUACAAUAGAUCCAAGUACUGCACGUGAUUUAGACGAUGCAAUUCAUAUAGAAUGGAAUGAAUCAGAACAAAUUUAUGAAUUAGGAGUUCACAUAGCAGAUGUGUCAUAUUAUUUAAAAGACAAGAAUGAUCUAAUUGAUAUAGUUAAAAAAUAUUGUACAAGUAUUUAUUUACCACAUAUAAAUUUUCCAAUGUUGCCUGGUUUCUUAUCUAGUAAUUUAUGCUCUCUAUUACCUUCUGUUAAUCGUCGUACACUUUCUAUAAUUUUUAAAUUGGAUAAAUUAGGGAAUUUAUUAGAAGAUGUAAAAUACUAUCAUGGUACUAUAUGUUCACUAUGUAAAUUUUCUUAUGAACAAGUAGAUGAAAUUUUGUUACGAAUUUAUUAUCUUAAAUCUAAAUUUUCAAAACGUGAUAUGAAUAAUUUAUUUUCAAUUAUUCGAAAUGAUACUAGUAUAAAUAAUAUACUAAAAGAUGUAAAUUUACCUCAGAGAUAUUGGAAAAAGCUAUUAUUAGAUAUUUUUAAUUUACAAAAGUUAACUAAUAUAUUAAGAAAUAACAGAAGAAAUAAUAUGGCAAUUAAAUUUAGUCAGAUGAGAAUAAAUUAUUAUAUUACAAAUGAUAAUAAAAAAGAAGAUGAUGAUCAAGAUAUAAAAUGUAAAAGUAUUACUUUUAAUGACAAUGAUUAUGGAGAAUUACAAGAAUAUAAAACUACUGAAUUUCAUGUUCAUUUAUUAGUUCACAAUGUAAAGAAUAUUCAGAAAUCUUUAGAUUCGAGUAAACUUAAGCAUAUGUCAGUAGAAAACAAAUAUUCAAUUUCUCAUUCUAUUAUUGAAGAGCUUAUGAUAAAAGCUAAUCAAUUAACUGCUGAAUAUCUUAUUAAUAAUUUGGACUCGAAAGUAGUUCUUCGUUGCCAUGCUGAAAUUGAAAAAAGUAAAUUAAGUAAAUUAAUUAAAUAUUUAAGAGGAAAUGGUAUGGGUAAUAUUUUUGGGGAUUCAAAUGAUAGAAAAACAUUGUUUGAAGGACUUUGUAAGGUUGAGAAAGUAUAUGGAUAUGUUAUUUAUAAUGCAAUUUCAGAAUUACUUAGAGACAUAUUUAAGAGAGCUAAAUAUAUUUCAUUGGACCUUUCUUCAAAUAGUAUAUUAAAUGAAGCUCACCAUUAUGCCUUGAAUGUACCAUUCUAUACUCACUUUACAUCUCCUAUUCGCCGUGUUGCAGAUAUCAUAGUACACCAACUAAUUUAUUAUUCAAUGCAUAAUAGCCAAAAUAAGUUAGAUAAAGAUAGUUUGUCAUCUAAUUCAAACAGUGCAAAAAAGUGUAAAUCAAAAAAUAGUAAAAUUAAAGAUGAAUUUGAAGUUUUAUUUACUCAAGAUGAUAUUUCUGAGAUUUGUAAUAGUGCUAAUAAAAAGUCGAAAGCUAGUAAAGAUUUACAGAGAGAGGCCGAGAAGAUGUUAUUUUCUUAUAUUUUGAAAAAGCAACGUAUGGAUUAUCCAAAUAUGUCCUGUGUUAUUUGUACAAAGAACUUUGGAUAUAUAAAGGUAGUAUUAAUGUCCCCAACAGAACAACAUAAUCUCUGUAUGGUAACAGAUAGUGAUUCUAAAUAUUUUAAUAGUUUUAAAUUUUCAAAUAAUAGUAUUAAUUUACCUCUUAGUUACAAAUAUCAUAAAUUAAGUAAUCAAUUUGAGGUUACAUGGAGAUAUUCUGAUGAAAUGGUUGAUAAACUUAUCACUGACAUGAAUUCUCCUACUUGUAAAUAUAAGUCAGCUAUUCAACAAUACUUUGACCUUAUACAAAAUAUAUCUAGGAGAAAUAAAUUCUAUCAUCUACCAAAGUGUAACACUGACAAAAGAAGAUUAAUUCAAAUUGUAAAUAUAUGGACUUUUUUGCCAGUAUACAUUGUUCCUAUUAAUUCUAUCCCUACAAAAUAUGUACUUGUACCAAUACACCCUUUGGAAUAUGCUUAUUAUAAACAAAUAUCAAUAUAUAACUAA